AGAGGCUUUGUCUUGUAGCCGAAAGCAAUAUAAUUUCUGCAGAUUACUCUCACGAACAAAUGUCGCAAAUGUCGAUGUCUCAACUGUUAGGUUUACUCAGAGUUCAUAUCCACAGAGGCGUUAAUCUAGCAAUUCGAGAUCUGCGUAGCAGCGAUCCUUACGUGAUCAUCCGGAUGGGAAAACAGAAACUGAAGACUCGAGUGGUGAAGAAAAACCUAAAUCCUGUGUGGGAUGAAGAUCUAACACUAUCAAUUGUAGAGCCUCUUCCGGUUAAACUCGAGGUGUAUGACUGGGAUAUACUUUCACCUGAUGAUAAAAUGGGAGAUGCAGAGUUUGAUUUCGCUCCGUUUCUGGAAGCAGUCAGGAUGAAUUUUGAAGAUAUCCCGAACGAUACGAUCAUCACAACUGUGAAGCCGACGAGGACCAAUUGUUUAGCGGAGGAAAGCUACAUAACAUGGACAAAUGGAAGAGUUGUGCAAAACAUGGUUCUUAGAUUAAGAAAUGUUGAAUGUGGUGAAAUUGAAAUAAAGUUAAGUUGGAUAAAUGUUCCUGGUUGUAGAGAUAUGUAGUUAAUUAGUUCGAUUUGCACCCAUGGUUUCUGGAGGUGUGUGCUUGUAGAUUCGAACCAUGUGCUUGUAAUUUGUAAUGCUUGAAUGGUGUUUUAGGUUUAUUAGUCUAAAUCCUUAUUGUUGGGAAGGAAUGUUUGUUUUGUUUUUAGCUUAGUGGUUGAAUCUUGUAUAAAAUGCAAUCUAAAUAAAAUAUUUGGUUGCUAAAGAAA